ACUGUAAACUGUUAUCACUAUUAUCACUAGUAAAUGGUACAAAGGUCCGUGUAAUAUUAUAAUGUUAUCUAUAAAUUUGUUGAACGUUAUCAUAUCUGCCCCCACCAACCAAUAUUUAUUGCUUACAGACGUACAGUUUACCAUAAUAUUAAAUAUUUUAGUUUAUUCUCUUCUAUUCUUUAUUUCUUUAUGUUGUAUUUAAGAAUUUACUUACAAUAAUUUUGUUUAUUGUGCAUCAAACUUCAGAGUUCAGGAUCUGGAUUUUACGUAGAUCUUAAUGUGAUUUUUAUUGUAAAUACGUAAGAUGAUUAAACAAGUAUUUAAAUCAUUUCCGGACAAUAAACCAAUAUCAGGAUUAUGUAUAAUAGAAGAUAUUACGAAAUGUCCAACAGGAUAUAACCCCAUAUCAAAAACACAUGACCAAGAUUCAGAUGCUGAUUUACAUAUGCAGUCAUGGAAAGAGUCUGUGUUUAUUGGCAGAAAAAUUACAAGAUAUCUAUGUUAUCUAAACAGAGGGAUUUCAGAUUACAUUGUAGUAAAUAUAAAUAUAAUAAAUGAAAAAGAAUGUCCUCCUGAUGGCUAUUGUUUAAUCCCCAGAACUAUUGACAGUGAUCAAAAAGCCUGGCGAAAACGUCAGUUAUGUUACAAAUUAUCUAGAAAAAGUCUAGCUUCAUAUGCUAUUACUGAUAUUAUACUAUUAAGUCGAUCAAAGAAAGCACCAGAUGGUUUUAUCAUUUUUAGGGAUUUAAACGGCUUAACACUUUGUUAUAAGACUGGCCCUCAAUCUCCAGAUGUGCCAUUAACCAUCAUUUGACUUAUGGGUAUGUUAAUUAGCUGGUCAACAGAAAACAUUCCAAACAGUAAUGGGUCUUUAAGUUCACUUCCCAGUUUAGAAUCUAGUGCUCAUGUAUUAUCCCAUGAUUAUGAUAGACUAAUGUCAUUAAAACCUACACGGCCAGCACCAAAAAUUCCUCCAACAUAUUCAUCUUCUUCUAAUUAUUCUACAUUAAAUUCUUAUCAAGGGUUAGAAGGUAUUCCAUUUAUAUUGAAUCAAAAUAUUUCUGUGGAACAUAAGUCUAUUUUUAAGGAUAUACCCGAGAUUAAAAUAAAAACACCCGAAGACCUUGAUUUAGAGUACAACUACAGUUUUGAACAAGAACGACAAGUGUGAUUUCCUACUUAUUUUAUGAAUUGUAAGUUUGAAACAAUUUUUAAAACUUAAAAUGUAUUAAUUUAUCAUAUGUAUAUUUUUAUAUAUAUAUACAAUGUAUAUAACACAUCUUUUUUUCAUCUUAUCCUAUGUUAGAUUAUAUUUAAUUUUAUAACUAUAGAAACUACUAAUUAUUAUUUUUAUUUUAAUUACUAUAAUUAUUUUUAAAUUAUUUAAUAAAAAUAAUCUUUUUAAAUUUGUUCGCAGUAUGAUGAUGAUUUUUUAUAAUCUACUGUCUUACUAUCAUACUUAUAAGUUAGAUUAAGUUGACUUUUAUACUAAUUUAUUAGCAAUUGUAAUAUUUUAAAAUAGUUUAGGUAUUUCAGAUCAAACAUAUCAUGACAGUUUAGUACUAUAAUAUGUGUAUACAGUGAAAUCUCAAAAACUUGAACAAAAUUCCUUUAACAUCACUGUGUAUGAUUCUAUAUAUUAUUUAAAUUUUAAAUUUUUUCAUAUUAUUUAGGUAUCUCUUAUUAUAAUCAAUUUUUGAAAUUUCACUGCAUUUUUAAUAUUCAUAACUAUACUUAUAUUACAACGUUACCUAAUAGAUAUUUUUGCCAUUAUAAAAAACCAAAUUUAAUAUCAUAUGUGUAUAGGUUUUUAAUAAAUGCCAUAAAAGUUAUGUUAGUUGAAAAUCACCUUUCUACUUUAAGAAAAAGAAAAAUGUGUUUUGACUGUUAGCAAUUAUUAAACAAAUAUUAGUGAUUUUUUUGUGUGUUAAUUAAAAAUAAAUAUUAAAACAUUCCUAUGAUUUAGCAUCAAUUGUUUAAAAUUUUAACAAACUAUAAGCAUAAUGAUUUGUUUGACUUAUGUGAGUUAAUUUUUGAUUAUUAUUACAAAAUUAAAACUAUUAAUUAAAAUUUUUAUUUAUUGUAUUAAUUUAUUAUAAUAGAAAUAUUAGAUUCAGUGGUGCAAUAAUCUUUAUUUUUCUUACUGACUAAUUUUUCAAUUUUUCCCACCAGACCACCCACCUCUUAACUAUUUAUAUAUUUUAUAUAUAAGGAUAAAAUAUAUGUAUUUUUAAUUUUUGAUAUCCAAUAGUGUUUAAAAAAAUAAUAUUUAUGUCACUGUAUAUCACCUAUCAUCCGUGAAUUAUGAUUUUUAAUUUUUGUUAUUUAAGAGGACAUGCUAUCCGCAUUUGUUGUCUCCGUCUUACAAAUGUACAACAUAGCCAAAAACUGUUUUGCGCAUACCAACUUUCACUUUCUCUUAAUAGUAGAAUUACCAAAAUUCUACAACGUAUAGGGGAAGAACUUUAUCUGUGAUGUAGCCUUUUUAAUUAUUUUGAUAAUACUAACCAAUCAUUUUUAAUAAUUAAAUGAAAAAACCAAAACAAACUAAUGUCUUAAACUGAUUACAUUUAUUGUAUUUAUGUUAUCCAAAAAAUAAAACGCUACGCCACAGACAAAGUUCUUCUCUAUGCAAUUGUGGAUAUUUGGUAAUUCUACUAUAAAUACAAAACAGUUUUAGGCUAUGUAGCAUGUCCUCUUAAACAUUGACUCUGAUAAUGACAAAAUAUUGAAUAUGUCUAUAAAAGUAAAACAGUGUAUUGUUUGGUUUAUAAUAAACAAAAUAAUCAUGCUGUAUUUAUAUUUCAAAUAAUUGGUGCUACUUUAAAUUAUAAAAUAAUAAUUUAAAUUUAAAAGACGUGCAUUUUUUUAUUUGUAGAAAUUUAAUAUCUUAUUUAUAAUUUCAAAAACCAAAUAAUGAAAAUAGGAGUUAACAUUAUUGUAAAUGAUCAGAUCACAUUAAUAUUUAGUUAAUAAUGACCAUACAGGGUGUUUUAGAUAAUUCAGUUUUAGUUUUAACAACUUCAUGUUCAAUAGAUAAUGUAUUAGUUUGUUACAUUUUAAUAUAUUUUUUAAUUAAAUUUGUUACUGUAUCAUUUAAUAUUUCUGUAAAUGGAUUGGAAUAAUAUUAUUAUAUUCCUUAUAUUAUAUGCAAUUAUAAAGUAUAAAAUUAUUUUCUUAAAUAUUAAAACCUAUAUUAUGAACUAAUUACUUACAAUAAAAUAAUUGUAUCACAAUAAGUUUACAGUAACACAAAUUCAAGUGAUUUCUUUUUGGUUUUUAUAGACUCUACAUUUAUAAAUAUAAUACUAAAAACAUAAAAGAUAUUAUCGUAAUUGAAUUAUAAAGUGAAGUAUGAUGAAAAUUUACUUUUAUUUAGGAUACAAUUCAAAUACUUUUUGUUAAAAUUUUAAUCUUUUACUAACAUUAAUAUUGUAAAUGCGUAUUGUUAAAUAUUAUUAUUUUAUUUGUAAAUUAUGUACUUCUGAAUUUUCAUAAUAAUACAUUUAAUAUAACACCCAAUAUAAAAGUUAAAAAACUACAAAAUAAUUUUUUGUAAAUCAAUUUUUUUUAAAGAAGUCAUAGAUUUUCUUAUAAAAUGUAAUAUUCAACUUAUCAUGUGUCUUAGUGCUGAAAUGUGCAAACAACUCUAGUACAAUCAAAUUAUAGAUACUGAGUUUGUAUUACCUAUUUAAAUUAAAAUCAUAAUAAAAUAAGUACUUAUUAAUACCAAAUUAACUUAAAUGCCUUAUAGAUAAAUAAGUAUUUUAGAGUUUUCAAAUUAUUUAAAAGUGUUAUAAAAGAUUUUAAAAUUCUAAAUUUAAUAAUUUUAACAUUUACAUUUUACAAUGUUAAUAAAUAGAUAUACAAAUGAAUUAUCUAUUCAAAUUCAUUUUUAACUUAUCAUGAAAUAUUUGUUAAGAAAGAACUAUGGAAGUAUUAAUUAUUUUAUACAUAAGGUAACUUUAUGGUAACUUAAUGUAUAAAUGAUGUAUGUGCAUAUUCCUAUUACCAUGAAUAUUACAGACAACAUGUAUUAUUAUUAUUCUUAUCAUGAUUUUUUUUUUAGCUUCAUAGAAUUUUUAAUUUUUAGUUACCAUGUUCUAGUAAUUUAAAAAAAGGUUUACUUAAUAAUAAUUUGUCAAUUAUUCUAACUUACUAAAUUUUCCACUUAUGAAAUAUAUAAUAAUUGUGUUUAUUAUUAUACUAUUAAAUUGUAUAAUUUAAUAAUAACAAUAUAUGAUAACAAUGAUAAUAUUUUGUCGGUAUAAUUUUUAAUGCAAAUAUUAUACAUCCUUAAAAUAUUGUUUAACAUUUCCAUUGUGUUCUAUUAUCUUCCCAUAAUUUAAAUUAUUGUUACCUCAAUAAAUAAAACCAUUUACUGCCUUCUUUAAUAAAUAGUUUUUAAAAUUAUUUGCCAUGCCUAGUUAUUUUUAGCAUUAGGUAUCUAUAUUUGCUCAAUGUGAGACUUAGUUAAAAUACUUUAACUUAAGUUAUUAUGUAAAAGU